AUGGCGCCUAAGAAGCUCACUGACUGCCCUGAAAAUUUAAGGGAGGCUAUCGACUGGUUGAUACAGGUGAGGCAUGGUAAUGGUGGUGACGGUCAAGGUCUUAAGAAUUUGGCUGAGGCUUUGAAAAGGUUGAUUGAAGAGGCUAUAAGUAACGCUUAUGACUCUCUAAACAAGCAAUACCUUCUCGCUAAACCUCCUUCGACCGUCGCCUCGGCUUCUUCUACUACUAAGCCUACUGGGUCUGCCACUCCCGAGAAAAAAAGUUUUGCGGACAUUAAAAAAGACAUUGAAAAGCAAGUCGAAGAGCUUCCUACAAAUAUUUCUGAGCUUCAAAAAGAGUCUGCUAAUGACCCUCCUAGAGGUGAAGAAGCAACGAAAUUGUCUGCCAAGUUGCAGGCUUUGAAGACUGUGAAGAAGCUUGCUGAAUUUGCUGAGCAACUUGACACUAAAAAACAUCCUAAUAAUAAUAUUUUAACGCAUUUAUGUGACGGCCUCGAAAAAUUCCUCGGCUUCGACCCUACUUCCAAAGGCUACACUGGCAAGGGCAUUGUCUACUCUGACCUGGAUAGGCUGUGUGACGGGGUGAUGGCGUUUUUGCUGAGCUGCCUUGAGGGAAGUAAAGAUUUGUUAACGCAUUAUAAUAGAAAUACUACACACGUUAUUGGGCAUUUAAAAUCUUCCAUUGGCAAGGGCUCCGGCGUUUCGGGAUUUGCCUCUGCCAUUGAGAAGGUUAAAGAGGGGCUGCAGGGGUAUGAGAGGGAGUUGAACACCAGAAGUGACAAAGUAGCAGAUGAUGUAACAUUGAUUUACAGGCUCUCAGGCAAAUAUAAAGCUGAUAUGGAGUCGUCUGAUUUUCUUAAUAAGGAUAUAACACGGCAGAUUAAUGAUAUUAAGCAGAAGGCACAGUUCUUGUGGAAUGCUGCCGCAGGUGCGGGGAAUGACACUGAUCUUUUAGAUCAUGGUCUACAACUAAAGCUAAAAAUUGCCGUAGAUAGAGUAAAACAAGCCGUGAACGUGUUAAAAGAUGUCUCCAACAACGAUCAUGUUAUGGGACAGGCUGCGAUUGUCGACAGGGAGUUGGUGGCGAAGAAUAGAGAGAUUGUUCAACUUAUUGAGAGUCAAACACAUAAUGUUCGAAAGGCAUUAGGUGAAGGAUUUGGUAAUAUUGUAGUUAAAAUUGACGAGCUCGGAGAGGUUAAAGGAAAGCAGAUUCAAUCUGUGAAGCAUAAAGUGAACGACGCCAAAGAUUCUGUCGGUGAGUUGCUUGGUGAUUUCCAGGAAGGGUAUAAGAGUGUCAUUGAAAGACUAUUCAGUGAGUUGAAAGAUUACAUGAAUAAUAUUAAUAGAAAUACACCUCACGGUAGUCAAGGCAGAUCCUUUCUCAAAGAAGAAUUCACUGCAGUGACAUCGGCAGUUGAGGAGAUUGAGGCAGCCUACCAGGGGAAAUUAAUAGAAGUUAAAGCAGAUGUAGAGAGGGCGGUUGGACGCGUGCUGAUCCACCUUACGCAAGUGGACGGCAGUGUCAGACACGGGUUGUUGGAUAUAAGGAAUAAGAUUAAGCAAAAUUUGGUGGAUUUUUGUAACCAGGUAGGUAAUAAUAUAAAGGACGCGGCGAAAAAAGCUGGUACUAAUGUUUAUGAUACUAAUUAUCCCGCAGUUAAGGCUCUAGGGACUCAGCUGCAGAACACGUUACAGAGAUUUGGAUCAACCAUCACGGAGCUUACAAAUGGCGGUUCAAAUGGUAUUGCCACGUGUUUACAGGCCUUAUUAUAUUAUAUAGAUAACCCACCUUCAGCUACCGCAAUAUACGCCGAUCUAGUUGCUUCCAUUCGCAGGUCCAUCGAAGAGGCUAUCGACGCCCAACUUAAGAAGGUUAUCCAGGACGCAGGUAGUCUUACAUUUGGGCAAAAUCUCAUGAACGAAUAUAACGAAGAAACAAAAGAAGAAGGAGCAUUAUCAAAUAGGCUCAGAAAAAAAAUAGAGGAGAUCAAAAAGCAUGUUGGGUAUAUGAAGCUGGGGGACGCAGAAGUGGACGUUGAAAGUUUCCUUGGUUAUAAGCAUACAGAAGCAAGGAAAAAUGACAACAAAGGCGCGAAACCACGUUACGAAAACUAUAUACGCAUUGUUUUGGAUAAAAUUGACGAUCUUGAAGCUUUGCCCUCUGCUGUGGAUGAAGCGAAAAAUGUGGCGUUAAAGAAAACUGAUGAGUUGAUAAUGCAGAUUGAAACUCUAAAAUCUGAUAUUGAAAUGAUCGAAAAAGCAGUCCAAAAGGCAGAUGAGCGGAUGACAAUGGCCAUAGAAGCUCUAAGCAACGCAUAUACUGAAGCCGAACGAAAAUGCAGACAAACCGUAGACCAAUUUAGGGAAAAACUCUUGGAAACCGUACGAUCUACUUUCCGACAAAUUAAAACCAGCGUCCAAUCUCUCUUCGCGAAGCAGAAGCAGGCCGAGUUGGCAACGCUGGAGAAUGUCAUUCAGUUGCAGUUGGAUGAAAUUAAAAGGGUUAUUCAGGAGGAUAGAGAGAACGAUCUGAAGGGGUAUUGGAGGAAACUUAAUACAGGACUGAAAAAGCAUUUAGACAUUCCCUCCAACUCGCCAGACCUGAUUAAUAGUACGACAUUGAAAAUGUUGGCGCCGUCGGUUCUAGGCUUUCUAGAUGAUGUUUUGGAUUAUGUCUUUAAACAGGUCCAAAAGUCUUCGCUGCCGAGUUCAUCACUAUCAUAUCCUACCAUUGUGGACGGAAUUAAGAACAAUCUUAAUAUUUUAUUGGGCACUCUCAGCUGUUUCAAUAAAACCUCCAGUGACCAUAUAGAAGCUCUUAAAAAGCCACUUGCUAGCCUUGUCCCCGAUAAGUUCGACGGGCAUAAUAAUCACCUGCUUGACCUGAUUAGAGAUGGGGUGAAGGGGUUCGUCGAACAGUUGGAGUACGCCUAUAUCAGUGUGUAUUCGGAGGCGACCAUAAAAUGGAAAAGCACCACGCUUCCCGAUGCUCUGGCAUCCGCAGAAGACGCAUUAACAGAAAAUGCAAUGAAAUGCGCUAAGGUGUUCCUCACUAAUAUUCAUACGUUGCAUAGUGAAUUGUCUGAACUUAAAGAUAAAUGUGAAAAGGAUUGGACUGACAAACAGAUUAAUUUAGUUGCUACUCAAAGGGUUGUAAAUGGCAGAAGUCAAAAUAUGACAAAUUCCCUUGGGGAUUUCUUGAAACGAUGUGGCUUUGAUGUGUCAACAGGCCCUCAUGUUUGUAAUGCGGAGUUGGCAAAUAAAAGGAACAUGAUUGGUAGUGAUGUCUUUAAUCUCCUUGUAGUACAUGGUAGUGUAUUUAUUCGCCAAACAACAGAUGAUGGUACAGCCGAUGAGAGUGUUAUGUACAAAGUUCUUAAGCAUCUUCAUGAUUAUUAUAAGACGUGCCACCUUGGCAAUAACAAGUCGACUAAGCAUCCGUCUACGGUUAGAGAUAUGUUACAUUGGCUGUGCGGGCUGUUUCACAAUCCGGUGCUUGGCAAAGUCGAGCUAUACUUCAAGGAAUUGUUCCAGAAGCCUGACGCACUUAAAGAUGUGCCGUAUGAUGCCAUCGAUGCCACGAAACUUAGGUUAUCUGGCACUACGACCAUACAACCUCAUUAUUUGACAACUGAACUCUACAAGGUCUGCUCGCACUCCGAAAAAGUAUUAAUAGCGAUCCUAGGGUACGGUCAUGCAGGUGGGCGCUAUGCGUGCGAGUACAACACUAACCCGGAUAACUUGGAUUACCCCACUGACCCAAGUAAGUGUUUUGACUGGUUAGUGGAAGUAUUGGUCAGACUCCAUCAUCAACUUUCCUUCCUGUACCAUCAGUGCUGUAACGGUACAAGUAGUAGUGGCUGGCUGGAUUGCUUAUACGGCAAAGAUGUAGGCGGUUCCAGUUGGCGCUGCAAUGAGCUCAAAUGUACUGAGCCAAGCUGUGGAAUCACGUGCAAAAGGCACCCCAGAUGUGGUAUGAAAUCGCCGUUGCAGUCAUUCUUAGAGGACGGGUUACCGGGGUUCCUGCCCCAUAAGUUCGAAAAGCCUGAUUGUAAGAUAACAUGUUCUCUUGUCAACCACCACGGAAUCCCGUGUAAGACACCCAUGGGCUUUGCUGAUAUUAGCACUGUUGCAUCGCAUACGGCAAAAGGUCAGCAUCUGAUGAAAGUGUUGGCUGGGUUUUGUAGCAAAUCGGAUAGACCCCUUACCAAACUAUGCAGCUACCUGGUAUGCGUAUUACAGAGACCACCUCAGACACUUGACGAAAUGUACGCGUUUUACUAUAAUUUCAUUUAUGGCUGGGGUGACCUUCAAAACAGCGAACAUAAGAGUAACGCGUUUAACAGAGCAGUAAACGAAGCAUCUUUCAACCGUGGUAUUACACUUGAUGUAACUCAAAUCGCGGACCGCACUGCCCACGGUGAACACCAUGUAAGAGGCGAUUUAUUUAGCCUGGUUAGUUGCAAUGAUAGAUCAUCGCCUGUCUCUCCCUGUGGCCCAUACCUGCAUCCACUUAGCCUUAAUGUUCGCUGUAUCUAUUCUAAGGAACACGCUGACAAAUACCUAUCCUGGAUUGUGUACCUGACGGAGACAUUCUACAAUGCACUGUGUAGGCUGUUGUCAAAGUGUGAAGCAAAGUGCGGUGCGAACAUAUCAAAAUGCCGUAGUGAAAGGUGCGCAAGUGACUGCCAAAUGUUGAAAUCAGCGACACACUCUUCAUCAUGCCAAUCAAUACUUGAAUGCCCUCACACCUUUCCGGGAUUGUACACAGAAGGAAUCGUGUUUGGGAGCACGACAAAACUCGGCGGUAGGAUUGGAAAUCCUUGGAAGCGGUCGUGCGGAGAUUUCAUAGAUCAAUUGAAGAAAGUAUGCCGUGGAAAAACAAUCCUCGCAGAAUAUGUCCACAUCAUCAUUCCCUAUUACUUAUAUAAAAUCCGCGCCCCCUUCAUCUGGACCACUGUCGCCCUCUGGCUCCUCUCUUUGUUGUACCUGCUCCACAUCAUGGUCAUCCGCCUCGACCUGCUCCACAUCAAAUCGCAUUUGCACUCACCAUCAUCACAUCGCAUCGCCGCGCAAUCACUACUCGCCGCCGCACGUGUUAAAGCACUCAACAAAGUGCUGUACCUGCAACCUUGA